AUGUGCACUAGAGGCCAUUGGAGGCCUGCAGAAGAUGAGAAGCUUCGAGAGUUGGUGGAACGAUAUGGACCUCAUAAUUGGAACGCCAUAGCCGAAAAGCUCCAAGGAAGAUCAGGGAAAAGUUGUAGAUUGAGAUGGUUCAAUCAAUUGGAUCCAAGAAUUAACAGAAGUCCUUUCACGGAAGAGGAAGAAGAGCGACUACUCGCUUCUCACUGCAUUCAUGGGAAUAGAUGGGCAGUAAUUGCUAGGCUGUUUCCCGGCCGAACUGAUAAUGCCGUCAAGAACCAUUGGCAUGUCAUCAUGGCCCGGAGAUGCAGAGAAAGAUCAAGGCUCUGUGCCAAAAGAGCUGCUCAUCAAGCAUUACUUAUGAAAGCUCAGCCGAUUGAGUUUUAUGAUUUUCUCCAAGUAAAUGCCGAGUCUAACGGAAGUGAAGUGAUAGAUAAUGCAAGAAAAGAGGAUGAGGAGGUUGAUCAAGAAGCCAAGGGACAACAAAACAAAAGUGGUGUUCCGUUCAUUAACUUCUUAUCUGUUGGAAGCUCUAAUUGA